CCAUGGACAAGGAGUUAGAAAAAAGCAAGGAGGUGAUAUUGCAGCAGACACAGAUGUGUCUGCAGCAGCCGGAAUUGUUUGCCAAACAGAACGUGUACCACCAGUUGGUUGGCAUCUGUAUCGACGCCGGAGACGCCUUGCUAGACAAGGCAAGUGCUUAUCCACGAGUUCAUUAUGGGGCUGGUUCCCGUACUGGAGGCAGAAAGGCUGUCUCGCCCAGUGCCUCUGUCCAGUCUUGAAGCUGAUAAGGACGCGAUUGCUCACCGAGUUCAAACUGAUGCACGCGGCCGAGACGUCACAAGCACGCGAAACGUACUGAAGCUAUUUACGAACUCUGAAACGCUGGCAAAGCUGUUCAUGGAGUUCACUGCCCCUGACGAUUGGUCCAAGGGCAGCGCGUACGAACGGACACUUCUGGGAUCCCUGUUGGCCAUGAACCCGUGCCCCCGGGGCAGCGAGGAGGAGUGCGAGUUCUUCUCAAGGAAUAUCAUGGACGCUGGCACCCAUGAGACGCACACCACCAUCAUGUUCAUAUGGCAGCGCCUUAAUUCUAUUUGCGAUGACAUUCACCGGAUGCUGAAGUCCAUUAUCAAACUGAGUUCGGAAUUGCGUCAUCAAGUCCUUCACUGGAUCGGGCGAUGUCUGGAGGCCAACAGAGGCAAGACCGAACUAUGGUCGGCGCACGACGUUGAAAUCUACCAAAAGGAUUUCGCAUCGGACGGAUUUUGUCUGAAUCUCAGUCAAGUUUUGCUGCAGUUGUGCGAGCCCUUCUCCAGACCCAACAGCGACAUGCUGCUGAAGGUGAAGGCCACUUACUGCCGGGUUACGCCGGCGUCCGACCAGGAGGCCAAGGACAUGUGCGUGCAUGCUAUAGGGCUUGACAAGGAAAAGACGUUUGUGCCUUACACAGAAGAACAGCGCCUGCCCCAAGAGAAGCAGUACCACUUCAUCAGCGAGUGUUUCUUCCUCACCCACCAGGCCCUUCACAUCGCCUACAGCAUCGUGUACAAGCUCUACAAACUUGCCGGCAGCAUCGGGCGACUGAAAAGUCUCGUCGAUAUGAUGAAGGAAGGCAGUGGUUACACGCGCAUUGUCGUACUGAUCAAGAUGCAACUGAAUAGAGAACUAUGUUGGUAUUACAACAUGAAAGCGGCUCUGACUGGUUUUGGUCUUGUCAAGAGUUGCCUGAGCUUCCAUAUUGCCACGGCGUCUUGGCUGGUCCAGAUUGCUAGUCGCGAUGAAGUCACAGACUUCCGGGAAAUUGCGUUACCACUUGCGAAUGAGAUACCAAAGAUACUGUCCUAUGUGCCAGAGUUUAUUCUCUCAAAUUUCACAAUGUUUAUAUCGUCGUUGGAAGUUUUUUCAGCAUUAGAUGUUAUAAAGGAAAACAAAGAAUGUCUGCAUCAAUUUAUGACCGUGAUCCUCGUCUACAUGGGCAGUCCACGACGUCUCGUCAACUCAAAUAUGCGCGCGCAGCUCGCGGAGGCCGUCGAAUCGUUUGUUCCGGAACUGAACGAGUCGGACGGCACAUAUAAACUGUCGGCCAGCGGGUAUGAGGAUUCGGUUUUUAAGGAACAUCGCCUGAUAAGCCACCUAGCGGAGGCAGUCCUCAACGUGUUUGUCAGCAUCGAGAUGACGGGCCAGAGUGUGGACGACGAACGCAAGUUCAGCUACCGAAAAUCCAUGCAUAAACUGUUGCAGUACAUGUGGAAAAUACCGGCGCACAAAGACGCUAUUAAGGCCGUAUCCAAGCGAGCCAUGACUGAAAUGAACAACACAGAGGCUCCGCUGUUUCUUCGCUUUGUCAACCUUCUCAUUAACGACGCCAUCUUUCUGUUGGACGAGGGUUUGGCACAUAUGCGCGAUAUAAGAGAUCAAGAACUGGAACGCGACAAAGGAAAUUGGAACAAACUGUCAGAUGAGCAGAUGCGAGAAAAAGAGUCGGGUUUGCGACAUCUGUGCAUGUUGGGGCGAUACCGCAACAUAAUGGCCAACCACACGAUAUACACCCUGGAGAUACUGACGCGAGAAAUACGUGACAUAUUCUGUCACCAAGUCAUGGUGGAUAGGAUUGCAGGGAUGUUGAACUACUUCUUACUUGAACUGGUGGGUCCUAAACAGACGAACUAUAAGGUGAAAGACAGAAAAGAGCACGAAUUCAAACCAGAGCAGAUCGUUGCAGAUAUCGCUCAUAUUUACGUCUAUCUCGGAGACAACGCACAGUUUUGCACGGCGGUUCUGGAGGAAUCUAGAUCAUUUUCUGAAAGACUGUUUACGGAUGCGGUAAAAGUGUUACAAAAAAUUGGAAUUGCACCAGAAUUCGUGGUCAAGUUUAGUCAGCUACACGAAAAAUUGAAGAGCCUGCAAUGUAGUCGUCAGCAAGAGGAGGAGGCGUUGGGUGAAGCGCCGGAAGACUUCCUGGACCCCAUUAUGGGCACGCUAAUGGAAGAUCCGGUCAUUCUACCGGAAACGAAAACAAAUAUCGACCGUAGCGUCAUCAACCGGCAUCUGCUAAGUGACCAGCGGGACCCUUUCACGAAGAGUCCGCUCUCCAUGAAUAUGGUGAUCCCUAACUUAGAACUGAAGCAGAGAAUAGAACAGUGGAAACUGGAACGACUUGGCCACAGCUAGCAUUGGCUCAUGUACCUUUGUCUUUAAGAACGUUCAAAUUGAAUCAUGGUUAGUGUGCUUAAAUCGAGUAAACUUAACUCAUUUAUGCCUAGUGGACUCUCCCAUCCUUCUAAAUUGGAUCAAUUUAUUUCUAAAAUUAGUGAUAUCUAGUAUAUUUAUUUCUAUAUUUAGAAUAUUUCUUACAGAAAUUCCUUCAAGCAAACAGCGCAGACCCUGAUGCCUAUGCCUUUUUUCUAGACGCUAGGCAUAAAUGGGUUAAACAAAUAAACCUUUCCGUUUUAAGGUGACAUAAUCAGAAAAUAAGAAUUAUAAUUUAUAACAUAAAUUGUUUUCAGUUUAUUUUUUUUUUCCCGAUAAACAAGCUAUUAAAACGUAUAUCGGUUACAUAAAUGAUAAACUGAACCAACACCAAAAAGAUGUGGCGCAUAUUUUAUUAUUUUCAUUUUAGUUUGUUGUUUGCUUAUGUUGGAUACACACUAUUGAAUACUGUGCUUAUACAUUACAGGGUUAUUCGGGAAAAUAGUUAUGUAAAGCAUGUAUGAUCGUUCUGGUUUUUUUUAAACAUCCAUUAUUUAAUACUCUUCUGUAUAUCUGUUACAAAUCAGAAAAAAUGGUUUCCAGAUAAUUCUUUUUUUCGACACCAUAUUUUUUCAGAUCUUUCUUUUGCCAAUGCAUAAAAAAGUAUGAAUGUUAAACACAUGUUCAAAAUAUAUACACGCUGAACCGUGCGCUUACUAUGUAACUGAAUAAACAAGCAUGUUGCAUUUCAUUAUACUGAACUCAUUGAAAGAUAAAAAGGAAACACCGAAUGGAUUUUAGCAGGAAUUACGAGAUGACUAAUCUAUUUUUUGGCAAUUUGUUGCCGUGUACAAUUUUUUACAUGGAAUACAUAUCCAUAUUUUGCUGUUAAAAAUACAACAAACUGCUCGAACUUCAACCAAAUAGAUACAAUUAUAUCAACAUAAAACAAUGAUCAGGAAAUUUAAAGGUCACCAUGAAUUAUUGUGUGCGAUUCUUGUUUUUUAAGAAAUCUAAUAAUACGACAGUGUACAAUUACUCCUAUCAUUUUACAGUAUUUUUGGAAAGUUUUGUUUAAAAAUAAAUAAAAUACAAGUUAAGUCAUCUUAAGUGAGGGACAAUAAAUGUAAUGUUUAUUUCAGCAAUCAGAUUUUUAAAGUAGGAAAAAAACAUGCACUUGUUAAAUUAAUUACCCCGACCACCAUUUAACAAUUGCAUAUUUUAUUUUUUAUUUUUUUUUCAAAGUUUUUCCUCGCUCUAAACGCAUAAUUAUGUCAAUAUUUGGAGCACUUUAAAAAUAACAUCUUCACUCAACUCUAUUCUAUUUAAAAAUAAAACUUCAUUAAACUUCAACGCCAAAAAUGAUUUUUAGUUUGACUGAGCUUUUAUGAAAAAUUACCGUAAAGUAAAAACAAUCGAACAAACUUCUUCGUCAGAUUUAUGUUUUGUUAAUUUACUUAUUGUGUAGAUACUAUUAAGAAUAAUCUUUCCUCAUUAAUCAGUUCGAGAAAGAAGGCAAACCUGUCCUUGCAAUUUUACUUUUAUAUGUAUGUAUACAUUCUAUUUGUUUUGACAUUUUAUUUGAACGCGUAUAAACAAACUUUACUUGCUUCUUACAUUUGUUAUUAUUUAAAUAAAGUGAUGUGUUGAUUUAAAAAUAACGGUGUUGUCUAUAUAUAUAUUUGAUUAAUAAAUUGUUCAUACAGUUCUAACAAGUAUAACUUAUGUCCCAACGCUUCCGAUGAUACGCCUUUAUCAGAAGAUUACACAGAAACGUGUUGAUCUGAUAGAUGGAUAAUUUGCAGGCUAUGCAUUUCCCUGACAGACAACAACACUUACUGAAUUAUGUUGUGUUUUUAAGACAUAAUAUAUAACAAAAUACAUUUACGUAUUACCGUUAUUACUCUAAGUUUUCGGACACAUUUUUUUCGUGUUUCGUGUCCGAAAAUUUAGAUACAAAGAAAUAUUCAAAACGUACUAGUUUCCGAAAAUUUAGAGACAUAUAUGUUAUGUUUGUUUGUCAAUUAUUAUAUUGAAAUAAAACCAAUAAAUAAAUGUGCAAUAA